GUUGUCCUCGCGGCUUCAAUCUGCACCAGGGGUGGAAAAGCUGUCCUCUCCAGACAGUUUCGUGAGAUGCAGAGGUCGAGAAUCGAAGCACUUCUUGCGUCUUUCCCAAAGCUGGCAGACUCUAGUACCCAGCAUACAACCGUUGAGCAAGACAAUGUCCGUUUUGUGUACCAACCGCUUGACGAACUCUACAUGGUUCUCAUUACGAAUCGCCAGUCCAACAUCCUCCAAGACAUCGAUUCCCUCCAUCUCUUCGCACAAGUCGUUACAAGCACAUGCAAGACCCUGGACGAAAGAGAAAUAUUGAGGAAUGCAUAUGAACUUCUUAGUGCUUUCGAUGAGCUGGUUACCCUUGGGUACAGGGAGAACCUCACAAUCAGCCAAAUCAAGACAUUCUUGGAAAUGGAGAGUCACGAAGAGAGAAUACAAGAGAUAAUUUCUAGAAACAAGGAAUUAGAGGCCACCGAGGAGCGGAAACGGAAAGCGAAGCAACUGGAAAUGCAAAGGAAGGAGGUCUCGAGGAGCGGCAGAAACACUGUUCCCCGUACACCCGUCUACCCCACAUAUACACCACCCGCUCGCUCUGCGGUUACGGAUACCUAUGAUUCGUAUGAGGCCGAGAAGAACAAGUCUUACAAGACUAGUGCUCCCAAAGGCAAGGGAAUGCAAUUGGGCAAGAAAUCAAAGACCACAGAUAUGUUUGAGCGAGUUCGUGGGGAUCUUGGUCCUGGGGAAGAAGAACCAGCAUCCGCUCCCCUUGUGCCAAACAACCCUACACACGCACCCGUCGAACACGCCCCUCGAGCCUCUACAUCUCUUGACCGCGAUGCUAUCCACGUCACCAUUGCAGAAACAAUAAACGCAAAGCUGUCCCGGGAAGGCUCGCUAAACUCUUUAGAAAUCAAGGGAGAUCUGCAGCUGAAGAUUUCGGAUCCGACAUUGACUAAAGUCAAGUUAGAUCUAGUUGCAAAUGCCAGCCAUGGUGUUCAAUUCCGAACGCAUCCAAACGUUGAUAAGGGCAUCUUCAACACCUCCAAGGCUGUCCAAAUGAGCAAUAUAUCCAAAGGCUUCCCCGUCAACAACUCCGUGGGUGUUCUUAGAUGGCGAGCCACGCCCAGGUCGGACGACACCAGUGCCGUUCCAAUUACAUUCACGGUGUGGGUUAACAAGGGCUCAGAUGACACCUAUAAUAUUACAGUGGAGUACGAGCUCACUGGAGGGGAUCCUCUGAAAGAUGUGACCGUCAUCAUCCCUUAUGCAACGAGUGAGCCAUCAGUUUCAAGCUUUGAUGCCACGUAUGAGGUAUCAGGAGAUAGCUUGGAAUGGACCAUUGGCUUGGUUGAUGAUGACAAUGCUACUGGUUCGUUUGAAUUUGAGGCUCAAGCUGGUGACGAGAAUGAAUUCUUCCCCAUGCAGGUCAAAUUCGCAAAGACAAAGCCAUUUAUUGAUGUUGAUGUUACCGACGUUACGCUUCUCGAAAUGGAUGAAUCCGUGACUUUCUCCAAAGAUAUUAAGUCUGUUGCUGACUCCUAUGUAAUUGAGUAG